ACAUAGAAGAAGAAGAAGAAAGAGGAGGAGAUUAUGCAAAAAAGUGAAAGUACUGUAUAGUGCAUAGCAGCGAAGAGCGGACAAACAAACUGCAGAGAAUAGCCAAUAUAACUGACUAAGACGAGGCUAAAAUGGAUCUUACCGAGCAGAUCAACCAAUUGGAGGCAGACUUGCAGGAGCUGGGGUCCCUCUUGGAGAAGGCAGAGAGGAAGAGAGUGCAGGAGCUGCUAAAGCAGGAGCAGAAAAAGGUGGAGAAAGAGAUUGCAGUCAAACGACAACAGAAGGAGCAACAGGCCAGGAGACAGGCAGACCCAGCUGCAGCCUCAAAGGCAACAUACACAGUCAAGAUCACAAACUAUGCGUGGGACCAGUCAGACAAAUUUGUCAAAAUUUACCUUACAUUGAAAGAUGUGCACAAAAUUCCAUCAGAAAAUGUGGACGUCAACUUUACAGAAAAGUCAUUUUCUGUGCUUGUGAAGGAUCUAGAUGGGAAAAAUCAUCAGAUGACAGUUCUCAAUCUGUUAUAUCCAAUCGAUGAGAAGGACAGCUAUAAAAAGAUAAAAACAGACAUGGUGAUGAUCAUGUGCAAGAAGCAGGCAACAAAGAAGUGGGAGUGCCUAACAAAGGUGGACAAGCAGUCGAAAGAGAAAGAUAAACCCGCUGUCGAUGAGAAUGCCGACCCCAGCGAGGGCCUGAUGAGCAUGUUGAAGAAGAUCUACUCAGAGGGCGAUGACGAGAUGAAGAGAACCAUCAACAAAGCCUGGUCGGAGUCCCAAGAAAAGAAAGUCAGAGGAGGAGACAUGAUGGAUUUCUGAACUGCAAUCACACCUUUUUCCACUGCAGGACCAAGAGAGAGCUGCCAGGGCAACUCUCAGCUGAAAUGACUUUAAGAUUGAAUGUUAUGGCUUGAAACUUAUGUCCAAUAUUUAAAUCAUAUUUCCACAAAUCUAGAAAUUGGAUAUGCAUCUCAUAAAUAAGGAGCUGGGAACAAUGUCAAAGACCUGGAUGGUCUCAUUUCGGCUUUGUUUAGAAAAGCAGGCUCUGUUAAUUGUGGGACCUCAGUGCAUAAAACUGACAAAUUGCUUUAGGAAAGGUCAUAAACAGAAAUAAUCGUCCUGUCCACCAGGUGGCAACCUUACACAGCAAGAAAUUACACCUUUUCAUCACUGCUUUGGGUUUUGCAAAGCCAGAUUAAAAGGGUAAAAAGAAAGUAAUCACGUCAUCACUACUUCACUACUUCAUGGUUUGGAUUGUACCAGGUUCAUUAAAAAAAUGUGAGACAUGUUCUGUAAAGUCAAUUCUUGUUAAUGGUGUUCCUGUGCAGAAUUCAAUGCAGCUAAACUGAAUUGAUUUUUCAAAUGUUGUACAAAAAGUGUAGAUUUGCCAAAGUCAUGCUCAUAUUCCUUAAAUUAAGACAACCAGGGGGCUCUUCUUAACUUUUUCUAAGUUUUCACAUUAGCCUUUAUUUUUUGUCAUUCCAUAAACUGAUCAAACGACAGUACUACUCAUGCAUCUAUCUAGUGUAAUAGUUUACAUCACUGCAUGGGUCUGUGUUUGAAAUGUAAUGCAUUGACUCAUACCUGUUGCAUAGUGUGAUGCUCUAAAACACAUUCUUUGUAAUUCCUUAAUGUGACUUGUUGCAUUUUGAUGAUGUUGGACAUUUUUCUGCUCUAACUCUCUACUUAUGGUAGCGCUGUUAAAAUGGGGAUUUUCCUUCCAACAUUUGUGAAUAAUGUAAAGAUUUAUGUUCUACUUAAAUAGUUUGGGUUUUUUGUUUUUGUUUUUUUAAUUUUGGCGUUUGUCAUCAGUUUACAUCUAUUGUUUCCCGCCCUCAGGUUGUUCAUGCAGUUCUCUCAAAUACAGCUCUUGAACUUGA